AUGUCGAACAAGAAGAACGAGGAUAUCGAGAUGCGGGCCGUGGAGGGCGCCAACGACUUCGGGGGUGAGAAGGACCCGUUCCUGGGCAGGAACUCGCCCGUGCUCCGACCCCGCGGCCGCGAGCCCACAGCUUCGGCAUACUUCGGCAAGCUCGACAACAGCCCCGGAGCGUCGAUCAUCGCCUACUGCCUGUCGUCGAUCAGCAUGACCGUCGUGAACAAAUACGUCGUCUCCGGCGAGUCGUGGAACUUGAACUUCUUCUAUCUUGGCGUCCAGACCGGCCUCAUCAAGAACCUUGCGCCCUUUGAUUCGAACAAGGCAAAGAGAUGGUUCCCCGUUUCGCUCCUCCUCGUCAGCAUGAUCUACACGGGCGCCAACGCCCUCCAGUACCUCUCCGUCCCGGUCUACACCAUCUUCAAGAACCUGACCAUCAUCGUCAUCGCCUACGGAGAGGUGCUCUGGUUCGGCGGCAGCGUGACCCCGCUCAUGCUGCUGUCCUUCGGUUUGAUGGUGCUCAGCUCCGUCGUGGCUGCGUGGGCUGAUAUCCAGGCUGCCAUCGACGGUGUUGGUCACUCGGCUGAAACUUCGGCUGCCCUCGCGACCCUGAACGCCGGCUAUGCGUGGAUGGGCUUGAACGUUGUUUGCACCUCCUCGUACUUGCUUGGAAUGCGCAAGGUUAUCAAGAAGAUGAACUUCAAGGACUACGACAGCAUGUUCUACAACAACCUCCUGACGAUCCCCGUCCUCGUCGUUUGCUCGCUGUUGGUCGAGGACUGGUCCUCUGAGAACCUCGCCAAGAACUUCCCCAUCGAGACCCGCAACAAGCUGAUGGUUGGCAUGAUUUACUCGGGUCUGGCCGCUAUCUUUAUCUCGUACUGCUCGGCAUGGUGCAUCCGCGUUACCUCCUCGACGACAUACUCGAUGGUCGGCGCCCUCAACAAGCUCCCCAUUGCCAUCAGCGGUCUGAUCUUCUUCGACGCGCCCAUCACCUUCGGCAGCAUCACCGCCAUUGCUGUCGGCUUCGUCAGCGGCCUCGUCUUCGCGUGGGCCAAGGUCCGCCAAAAGGCCCAGGAGGCCGGUCUCCUGCCCACCACUAAGCCCACGAUGAGCGCCAGCGCGCAGAGCAACAGGGACGCCAACUCUUGA